AUGGAUGAAAUGGAUGUCGCGGAUGACGGGGACAUCCCUCUGCCCCAGCAGCAUUUGUUUUUGGACCAGGCGAAACAAUACAACUUCGUUGCAGUUCGAGAGAUGCUGGAAGCUUCACCCGGCUUGGUGAAUGUGCAGCCAGCCAUGCGGUGGUCGGCGCUGCAUCAAGCGGCGGAAGCAGGUGACGAGGCAGCCGUGAGCUUCCUCUUGGAGAGAGGGGCGGACAAGACACUAAAGACCAAAGACGGACGAACGCCGUUGCAGGUGACCAAGAACGCUGCUGUACGCGCCUUACUUGGAGGUGAGAAACGAACAGCACCGGAGGGGCCAGCUGAAGGUGCCUCCCCGAAAGCUGCCAAGGUCUCGGCUGCGAGCCUGGUGCUGAAGGUGAACUACGCCGCCUCCGGCGCGGAGUUGGCCUCGCUGACGUGGUCGAGUAAGGGCAGCGUUGAAGACUUGAAGGAGGAACUGAGGAAGAAGUUGGAGCCUGGAAAGGUGGUCCGAACCCUUCUCAAGGAAAACUAUCCACUGCCAGAUGGAACCCUGGAAGACGCUGGAGUGGAAAAUGGUGCAAUUCUUAAUGCAGUGAUUGACGUUGAGCCGACCCUCUUCCUCUUCAAGCCCUGCACGGCCAGCGAGCUCUGCUCGCGCCACCAAGAUUGGUGUGCAGGCGAGGAGGAAGACCUGGUGCAGAGCGAACGAGCUCACUUAGCAAUGGACCAGGCUCCUGAAGUUGCUCGAAAGGUGGCGGAGGAGUUGAACGAGGCCUGUCCAGGCCUCGGCGGCUUCCAGGUCUGUCGCAGCAGCGAGGGCGACUCCCCCGGGGAGCUGCUGGUCAUCGCGAACGCGGGGGAGGAUCCCAAGAAGAGCUGUUUGAAGGCCUUGGUGUUUCCCAAAGACUCAGAAGAGUGGCAGGACAAAGUGGACGAGAACGAUCCAGAGUGCGCUGGUCUUUGGGCUUUGGCGACACUGGAAAAGGUGGAGUGGAAAGACUACCUCGACAAGGGUUUCAAUGCGCACAAAGAUGACGAUCCAGAGACCAUGGUGGCCGACGGACUGAGCUCCGAGGAGUUGGAAGAAUAUCGAAAAGCCACCAAAAUCAUGAACGAGAAACUGGAGAAGCACUUCAUCUUCAACUUCUCUGAUGACGCCCAAGUGGCACCCAUGAUUUGGGGCGGCUACGCCAGCGAUGGGUGCAUCGUAGGGAUUAUCAGCGGUCGAGUGUGGACUUGA